GUUAGGCUGCGUUGGGCGUGGCUGCAAAGUUUUGCAGCUCUCGGUCGAAAAGAACACCCUGACAGAAGUCUGCGAGUGGGAAACGGAGGAGACCGGCAAGCCCCCUUCCACGAACGUCGCGAGGUGCUCUCCGAACGGCCACUUGGUGGCUACUGGCGGCACCGAUGGCAUCGUGCGGAUAUUCGAGGCAGCCAAGCUGCAAUCGAGCCCCGUUCUGAAGCACAGCUGUGCCAAGAACGACGAGGUCUUAGAUCUUGAGUUUUCGCCGGACAACAAGGUCCUGGCCUCCUGCGAUCGAACCGGUCUCUGCAGACUUUGGGAUCCGUCGACCGGGGAAGAAACUAAGUCGAUUGACUUCAAGCACGCUGGCACAGCGGUGGCGAUUCGAGCAAUACGCUACUUGCCGCCGCAGGAAGGCCAGCAGCACUUCCUUUGUGCAAUGUCUGCCCCCAGGGGCCCUGCUUGCCUAGCGAUUUACAACGCUGAUGGCAACGUGGUCAAAGAUGUCAAAGUUCACGACAAGCCCCUGACAGCCAUCGCAGUCGACAAAACGGGCCAGACCGUCUGUGUCAACUUGGUGACCGGCGGUAAGUGCUUGUACUCUUUGCCGAACAUGAGAUGUUUGAAGAAGGCAGAAAAU